AUGUGUCAACUUCGAUCGAUGUACACGAUGUUUGGUGCUGGAGCUCCGACGGAACGUGAUGUUGCCGACGUUCGGCUUAAUCAGAGGUUGCGAGAAAAGAAAAUUUGUUUUUUCGGCGAGCUUGUGACUUGGAUCUCGUCGGUGAAUUUUUUGAUGCGGGGAUCAGCAGUGCAGAUGAUUAUAGGAUUUUUAUACAAUAUUUCAAUGUGCCUUGGAAAUGACCUGCCAAUAAGCGGCGGUGGUCACGACCGACUGUGA